UUUAAUUUAUACAAAACUCACAAAGUAACAGCCACAUGAUGGAAACAGAGUAGAGAGAAGAAGAAGACGUUUGUUGCAGGAAAUGGCGAUUCCGAUGACAAGAAUGAUGGUUCCUCAGGUAAGCUCUUCGCUUCGUCUCUCGCAUCGGAAUCUAUCAAACUCCACUCGCGGUGCUUUGCUCUGUCGGUGUGCUCCAUCAGAACUCCAACCACUUCGGUCUGGGCUCUCUCUGUCGGCAGGAGCUCACGCCAUCCCGCAUCCAGAUAAGAUAGAGAAAGGUGGGGAAGAUGCUCUCUUUGUAAGUAGCUACAGAGGAGGUGUCAUAGCUGUUGCUGAUGGUGUUUCCAGCUGGGCUGAACAAGAUGUUGAUCCGUCCUUGUUCUCUAAAGAGCUCAUGGCUAAUGCUUCUCGUCUAGUUGAUGACGAAGAGGUGAGAUAUGAUCCUGGUUUCCUCAUUGACAAAGCUCACACCGCAACUACUUCCAGAGGUUCUGCUACAAUUAUUGUAGCUAUGCUUGAGGAAGUUGGUGUUCUGAAAAUAGGCAAUGUUGGAGACUGUGGACUUAAGCUUCUUCGACAAGGUCAGAUCAUAUUUUCGACUACUCCACAAGAGCAUUACUUUGACUGUCCCUUCCAACUAAGCUCUGAAGGCUCUGCUCAAACCUAUAUGGAUGCAUCGUUUAACAUAAUGGAAGUAAAGAAAGGAGACGUGAUCGUGAUGGGUUCAGACGGGCUUUUCGAUAACGUAUUUGAUCACGAGAUUGUUAAUAUAGUCACCAAGCAUACAGAUGUGGCAGAAUCAUCGAGAUUACUAGCUGAAGUGGCGAGUAACCAUUCAAGAGAUCCAGGCUUUGAGUCUCCAUAUGCAUUGGAAGCAAGAGCCAAGGGGUUUGAUGUUCCUCUCUGGAAGAAAGCGUUGGGAAUGAAGCUUACAGGAGGGAAGCUUGAUGAUGUGACUGUUAUCGUUGCCCAAGUGGUGGACUCUUGAGUCUAUAUGUGAUCUUUUCUCAUUAUUGAUUUGUACUUGUCUGUGUACAAAGGCACUUGUCAUUGUAUUGGAUUGAUCUUAUAAAAGAAAUGGAAUCUCUAUUCUUGUGAA